GGCAGCAGCAGCAGCAGCAGCAGCAGCAGCCUCAGCCUCCCUGCCGCCUCCGCCGGGACCUGCUGCGGGCGCGCCUGGUUCUGCGCUGCCGCUCGCGCCCCGCGGAUCCCGCUCCGGACGGCGCCUCCCGCCCCCUCGACCCUUCCACCCGCCGAGCCUCGCCAGGAUCCCCGCCGGGCGCUUUAUGAGCGCGGAGGUCCGGCAAGCGCCGCCCUUGCUGCCGCUGCCGGGGCUGCCCCCGGGAGCUCUCCGCAGCUGCCGUCGGAUCUGCCCUUCGGCGACAACCUCGCGGCGCGGGCCCCGCUAUGGUGCUUCCCCUGGGGGCCUUUUUGCAUCUGAAGACAAGAAGAGUUCCCGGCUAAGAGAGAUGUGACCAGUGCACAGGAAAACAUGGCUAACGUGCAGGAUGGCAUUUGGAUGGUGAUACUGGUCACAGGUCUGGGGAUGAUAUACUUCGGAACAGUGUCCACAGAGGAUUCCCAGUGCCAGCGGGUGGAGCAUCCUGUUGUUACAAGUGAAGAGAUUGCUCCUUGGUUACAUGUAUUCAGAGCAGAAAAUGCUGUCGACUUCUCUCCGAUAACAUUUGAUCCAAGACAAAAAGAACUUGUUGUUGGAGCAAGAAACUACCUCUUCAGGCUACAUAGUGAGGAUCUUUCUCUCAUCCAGGGAGUGGAGUGGUCUUGUGAUGAAGCUACUACAAAGGCUUGUUACAGUAAAGGCAAAUCAAAGGAAGAGUGCCAGAAUUAUAUCCGUGUCCUUCUCAUUGGUGGGGACAGACUCUUUGCAUGUGGAACUAAUGCGUUUACGCCCAUUUGCACUAAUCGGACGCUAAAUAACCUGGAAGAGACGCAUGAUCAGAUCAGCGGCAUGGCUCGCUGUCCAUACAGCCCCCAGCACAACUCCACCGCUCUGCUUGCAAGCACUGGUGAGCUAUAUGCAGCAACAGUCAUGGACUUCCCAGGAAGGGAUCCUGCAAUUUAUCGCAGCUUGGGGGUGUUUCCUCCUCUCCGGACUGCACAGUACAACUCUAAGUGGCUUAAUGAACCAAAUUUUGUGUCGUCUUAUGACAUUGGGAACUUCGUCUAUUUCUUCUUCCGAGAGAACGCAGUGGAGUAUGACUGUGGCAAAAUAGUCUUUUCCCGAGCUGCUCGAGUUUGCAAGAAUGACAUUGGAGGCAGGUUCCUGCUGGAGGACACCUGGACCACCUUCAUGAAAGCUCGUUUGAACUGCUCCCGCCCUGGAGAAAUCCCAUUUUACUACAAUGAAUUACAGAGUACGUUCUUCCUGCCAGAACUGGACUUAAUCUACGGGAUCUUUACCACUAAUAUGAACAGCAUAGCAGUUUCAGCCGUUUGUGUAUUCAACAUGACUGCAAUAACUCAGGUCUUCAGUGGGCCAUUUAAGUUCCAAGAGAACUCCCGCUCUGCUUGGCUGCCUUACCCCAACCCUAACCCCAACUUUCAGACAAACUGUGGGUUGGCUCCUGCCUUAGGACAUCAUGAACCCCACCCCUCCUCAGACCAACCUCACAACUUGAUUUUGUUCUUUAAAUGUGGCACCAUGGACCAGGGUGCAUAUUUGAAUCUGACAGAGAGGAAUCUCCAAGAUGCCCAGAAAUUUAUUUUGAUGCAUGAAGUGAUCCAGCCCAUCUCACCCUUUCCUUACUUCAUGGAAGACAACAGCCGUUUUUCCCACGUGGUGGUGGAUGUGGUUCAAGGCAAGGACAUGCUUUUUCACAUCAUCUAUUUGGCCACAGAUCAUGGCACUAUUAAGAAAGUACUUGCUCCAGUUAAUCAAACAUCGAGCAGCUGCUUGCUGGAGGAGAUUGACAUAUUCCCAAAGAAGCAGUGGGAGCCCAUCAGGAGUCUGCAGAUUUUACACAGCCAGAGUGCUCUGUAUGUGGGCCUUCAGAGAAGUGUGGUGAAGAUCCCACUGAAGAGAUGUCUGUUUUACAAAACACACAGCGCAUGUGUUGGAUCCCAGGAUCCUUACUGCGGCUGGGACCUGGUGCUCAAGAAGUGCACACCACUGGAAGAAAGCCUGAGUAUGAGUCAGUGGGAGCAAAGCAUCUCAUUGUGUCCAGUAAGGAAUCUGACUGUGGAUGGCCAUUUUGGAGCCUGGUCAGAGUGGAAGUCUUGCUCCCACGUGGACGGCUCCAGUGUGGGCUUUUGCCUCUGCAGAAGACGCUUGUGUGACACGCCAGUUCCAAAAUGUGGAGGACGGCAGUGUGAAGGGCCAAGUCUAGAAGUGGCCAACUGCUCCAGAAAUGGAGGCUGGACUCCUUGGACAUCUUGGUCCCCUUGCAGCACUUCCUGUGGGAUAGGCUUCCAAGUCCGCCAGCGCUCUUGCACCAACCCAAGCCCUCGGCAUGGAGGCCGUGUGUGUGUGGGACAGAACCGGGAAGAAAGGUAUUGCAAUGAGCACCUGCUGUGCUCUCCACACAUGUUCUGGACUGGCUGGGGAGCCUGGGAACGUUGUACAUCCCAGUGUGGAGGCGGGAUCCAGGCCCGCCACAGAACCUGUGAGAAUGGCCCUGACUGUCCCGGCUGCAGCGUGGAGUAUCAAGGCUGCAACACCAGCCCCUGCCCAGAGUUGAAAAAGACAACUCCUUGGACCCCAUGGACUCCGGUGAACAUCUCUGACAAUGGUGGGCACUAUGAACAACGAUUCCGAUACACCUGCAAGGCACGGCUGCCUGAUGCAAGUUUGUUAGACGUGGGAAGGCAGAGGAUUGAAAUGCGUUACUGUUCCAGCGACGGGACCACCGGAUGCUCAACAGAUGGUGAAUUCCUGCAUUCUGGGCGUCACUCAGCUCACACCAUUAAUGGUGCCUGGUCCCCUUGGUCUCCCUGGUCUCAGUGCAGCCGCGAUUGCAGCAGAGGCAUUCGAAACCGCAAGCGUAUUUGCAACAACCCUGAGCCAAAGUAUGGGGGGCUGCCAUGUCUGGGACCAUCCCAGGAAUACCAGGAAUGCAACAUGCUCCCUUGCCCAGUUGAUGGAGGUUGGUCCUGCUGGUCAUCGUGGUCCAAGUGCUCCACUACUUGUGGAAGUGGCCAUUAUAUGAGGACUCGCUCGUGCAGCAACCCAGCGCCAGCUUACGGAGGUGAUAUCUGCCUAGGACUCCACACCGAAGAAGCACUCUGCAAUACACAGCAAUGCCCAGAUAGCUGGUCGGACUGGUCAGAGUGGUCUGGCUGCGAUACAUCCGGCAUCCAGUUCCGCACCCGCCGGUGCAAUGUUUUAUUUCCUGUGGGUAACCAGUGUUCUGGAAAUACCACUGAGAGUCACCCAUGUAUUUCCGAUUCCAAUUUCAUACCAGACAUAACAGUAGCAAGGACCAGCAGCAUCAAAGAACAACGAUGUGGCGAGUUUAAUAUGUUCCAUAUGACUGCUGUGGGGCUGAGCAGCUGCAUUCUUGGGUGCCUUCUGACUCUUUUGGUUUACACUUACUGCCAACGGUACCAGCAGCAGUCGCACGAUGCAACUGUCAUCCACCCAGUAUCACCGGCUCCUCUGAAUACCAACAUCACUAAUCACAUCAACAAGCUGGACAAGUACGACUCUCUAGAAGCCAUCAAGGCAUUUAACAAAAAUAACCUGAUACUAGAAGAGCAAAACAAGUACUUUAAUCCUCAUCUCACUGCAAAGGCAUAUUCCAAUGCCUAUUUUACAGAUCUGAACCACUAUGAUGAGUAUUAAGAGGGAAAAUCUGUAUAACUCACAUUCGUCCCCAAGGCCUGGAUCCUCAGACAUCAUGUUGCUGCCAUCGUCAACAAAACAUUGACUUGUGUGGGUAAAAGGUUUCCCUUUCUAAAAUGUUGCAUUUCAGUACAAUAUUUGUACUGUAAAAUUAGAUCAUGGGGUCCUUUUGCAUUGGCUAAUCUGUUUUGGUCAACAUGCUGCCAUCCUCCUAAUUGCUAGAGACCGCCUAGGAGAAAACUUUUAUACAACUGGGAGGCCUCCUCCCUGCCACAAAUAAGAUUAUUGAAUGGAAUGAUCCUGAUUUGUAUGGAAGCAAGUCCUUCUCACCUUCAAGGGUCAUUGGCACCUUCUUGGCUGGAUACUUGGGACUCAUGAACUUGUUUUGGACCUUGUGGAAACUGGGAAUAGUUUAUGGCAGGACUACAAGCUACCUCUGGCACAAGGGAAGCUGGUAAAAGAGGUGCUGGAGAAAUGGAGCCAUUGAGUGAUAGAACCGAUCAGAAAUGUGCAUGCUUUGUCUGUUUCAAUCUGCCGGGAUAUAUCUGUGAAACGAGACAUGUCAAACUAUUUUCACAUGUUACUAAGGAUCUACUUCUGCCUGAUGGGUGGCCCCUGCAAUGUAUCUGCAUGGACUCCACCUGGAUUGUUCAUUAGGACAUUCACAAAGCCACCAGAGCAGAAAGAUGGCCCGGGACUGGCUUGCAGAUCCAUCACACCCUUUGCCUGCCUCCCUUAGGAAGAGAUGGAAAGCACAAAUGCUUCUAUUUUUAAUGGCUCUUUUUUAUUAUUCAUGAAGUUAAAAACAGCAUAAAGUGUAUUAAGCAAAGCAUUAUUGCAAUAGUUUUGAUGCACCAAGUGAGAUUUCUCAUCAUGGCUGGUUAUGUAAAUAGUGGAAGUGCUUGAUGACAAACUAGAGGAAAUAAAUUGGGGCUCCAAAUUUUGUACCUGUUUCACUGCCCUCUUGCUGUUGCUUGCUUUUAUCAAUAAUGAUAGGUUUGCCUUUUUUCAAAGAAAAACUACUAUUCUGUUGCAAGGAAUGUCAGAGUUAUUACAUUAAAUGCUUCAGCCAGCUGGUUUCACAGCAUGUAUAGCUCAGGUGUAUAUGUUCUAUUUGCUAAAGUAAAUACCAAAUAUGAUGUAACAUUUCAUGGUAGUGAAAAAGGAGAGAGCAAGCCAGGGCUCUACGCUCUUUGGAUGUGCGCUUGAUUCUUUAGCUCUGCACACAUAAGACCGCUUUUGCCCUCCCUCCAAGCACACAAAUUUGAAGCUCAGUGUCUCACCUUGAGCUAGCAACCCCAUGCUUGUCUUGAGCAACGGAGAGCAUUGGCUCAAUGGAAAUGGUCUCUUAUUUUGAAGCAAGAGACCAUUGGCCACUGACCCUCACAAGGCGGCAGUCAGGCCUUAAGAGGAAAUGCAAGAGCUACAGUGUGGAAACACAAAGCAUAGUGGAUAUUUUUUUCUGUGCCUCUGUAGAAGACACUGUGUUUCUUUCCUCAGAUUCCUUCCUGUUUUUCAUACCUGGUCCUGAGAACACAUUUCUUCCCCAAGAGCCAAACCGUUUGAGGGAAUAAACACACAGAGGCAGCUGCACAAAUGGUUUCUUAAUCGGCACUGCUUGAGACGAGCUUACAGUUGCAGUGCACCUUUUUUGUUAAACGUAACAAAAUUUCCCUUGAUGGUGUUCUUAAAACAAGUUGGGAAUUGGCUCCCCUCCCGCAGCUGUCCUUUUCUGCCCCUGGGGUUCCCACCCCCUCUGCAGCUGCAAAGGAUCCCUCUGUAUUGGUGAGCAAAGAGCAUCUAAAAUCUCAGGUGAGAUUACUGGGGGACAUGAUGGGUGGCUGUAGGACUGCAGCCAUGCAGAAAUGCCUUGGCGAGUCAAGUAGUUUAUUAGGAUGCACAUUGCCAUUUUGUUGUCAAAGAAUAGCCAAUUACCCCUUGUAUUGCAUAAAAAGCCUGAAAGCUCAAGGCCAGUUUUUAUAGGGUUCCUUCUUACUGCCCACCACCUCCCAACCCUUUUGCAACAGGGAACCACUUCUACCCCUUAAUUUACAGUAUUUAACCUUAUAUUCAUUUAUGGGCAUUCCCCAUCUUGCAGUAUUGAUUCCAGAGAGAUUUUUCUUCUUCACACAAAACGCAGGUACCAUGACUAUGGUUCUGGCCUAGUUCUCAUCAUAUCCCGACUUUGCUGAUUCCCUCCAUCUGAGGGAAUUGGUGAUCUGAGGCUACUAACAUUUUCCAUUCUUUUAGCAAGACUGGUUGAGUUUUUCAGGCUCUAUUCCUAUCUUAUCUAUUUUACAUUCCUGUCCAGGGUUAAUGGGAAUUUUUGAACUUUUAACCAUGGUUUACUUUAAGUGAACAGGAAAUGUCAUACCUGUUAUGGGCCAGAGUUAGCUGUGCCUUCAGCCAUGGAUUUCAGUGUAUUUAAACUCCUCGCUCUUGCUUGGAUUGUGCUAGUGCUUCCUGUGGUGAUGCAACUGUGUCAAUAGAGCAGUGGGAUUUGGAAGCCCAUUUCUGCUGUGGCAAAAGGGGUUGCCUGCCUCUUUCUGCUCACCUAACCUCCCCAGAUCCAUGAAUUGACAAAACUUUCCUUCAGCCAACAGAAUUCUUCCAUUGUCUAACCUGGGACACGCUUUUCUUGCUGGAUACUGUCCACAAGUCUUUGGGCAUAGAACUGGCCUUAAGAAGAAACAGACAUGCCUCAAAUUUGUUGGAUGAAAAAACAAGGCAGAAGCUCUCUCCUACCUGAAAAUGCAGUGCUUGCUCUGCUUGCCUCACCUUCCUCUGCUCAUCAGUUCUCCCCACCCUUGUUUCCUGUUCCUUCCAUCUCAUGCUUCAUCUUUACUGCAUCCUCCCUUCUCUCCAUCAAGGAAUACUCAUGUUUUACACCCAUGCUUAGGGUUGUUUUCUGUUUAGAAGUCAGCUCUCAACCAACCCACUGCCUGCAGAAGCCACAAAGCGUGUUCCUCUUGCCACCCUCUGGGGAAAGGCUCCUUCCCAAGAGCCCCUUCUCAUAGACUGGCACAGGGCAGUGUGAAAGGGUGGACACACAACAGCGCGUUUGAUUGUGUUGCCAUUAGGAAGCCUUUCUGUAUCAAUGCACCACCGAGUUUUGUACAGCCCAGUGUGCUCUUCCCCAUUGGCACAUAGCUGCUAGGUGUGGAGAUAAGCAUUUAAUUCCUGUUGUUUCUAUUGGAAUGUUUUCUAUGAUAAAACCAGCGUGGGGGCAAGGUGAGUCUCUCCUACAACCUCUUGCCUAGGACGUUUGAAGCCAGCUGAGCAGUGCCUUCAAGUAUGUGAACAGCUCGAUUGUCACGAAAAGGACAACUGUCUCCUUCCUGGAGCAGGUGUCUGUGUGUAUAUAUAAAACUACCAAUUACUGUAAAAAUGCCCCCUAGAACAUUUGUCUUGGCCUUGUGCACACAGCAUGCACAGCAACAGCAAUGCCCAGGAUGGUGCAAGGAUGGAGGCUGCUUUGCCUGGAACUACAAGAGACGCUGGAGAGAGCCUAGCAGACCUUGAUUUGGUCUUGAUUGUUCAGAGCUGGCUGGCUGGGGAGCCCGUGGUUGCUUUGGAAGUGACACUGCCUUUCUGGACUGCUGUGCCUCCAUCACAGUCAACUUGUACAUUUGUAAAUAAACAGAUUAUUAACAAAGUUA